AUGGAGGUGCUUCCCACUAUUCCCGAGCCCGAAGACGGCCCUACCAAGUCGGUUGAUAUCCCGUUCGAUGCUCAGGGCAGUCCUUAUGCGCUAGUCGACGAGAAAGCCACUCAAAUUGUCGAAGCUGAAAACCAGAAGCUGGAUGACCUGAUGGGCAAGUUCACCAAGGGCUUCGAUCCCGGCUCCUUUCGGAGCGUCGUCCUCGCAUCUCUUCCCAAGCUGGCAACCAACCUCUUCCCGGGCACCUACGCUCAUUUUUUGCUGCUUUUGCUCCAGAGCUUUGAACUCCUUCAGAGGAUUCAACUGGACAUGGAACAUUGGCUUCUUGGCUGCUAUAACGGCAAUCAGUUUGUCUCUCCCACCGAAACGAACCUCGUCGAUGAAAACUUCUUUGGCACCGAGCUGGAGAUGCUGAGACAACUGCUAGAGCCCAUUCGUGAAGGAACCAAAACGUCAAUUUUCUGGAUGAACACUAGACGUGCGGAUGCCUCCUGGACCUGUGACCAACUCGAAGCAUCAAUCAGUGUGAUCGAGUCUUUCAAGAGCGAUAUUUGCGCGGCAAUGACCAAAUCAAGCUGCGUAGGUAAAACAUUCUACAGCACUCUUCCUGUUUCGGUCGAACGAGACAGCAUGCUUAGCUUGAGACAACAUCGCCUAGACGCAUGCAGGGCAUCUUUGUACUGGGACAGCUACGGCGGCUCCGACAUAGAGCUCACCUCCUUCUUCCGCUUCUACAAAGAGCAUGUCUCUAAGAACGAGCCUGCCAAGGCACGUGCGUCUGGAUGGCUGCCUCCCAAGUCGCCCCAGACGCCUCGCCUAUCGGAACAGCCAGCACUCGAAGGAGAUCUAGCAAGCUGGGCUGCAUUCGGCGUUGACAACGAUGUCAUCGAUCUCAUGCUCAAAACUGCAUUGUGGCUCAGUGUUGCCCGGGGUCUAGCAGCCGUGCAUCUGUUCUGUGAGAUUGCCCGCCUGUUUGUCUUGGACAAGCCGUCGCCAGAUCUGAAGGACGAACGCCUGAAGUUUUUGUAUUGUGUUACCCGCCACAGAUACUCUACCGGAGGAGCCCAGUUCUCCCCAUCCUUGUGUGUCCCUCAGGAAAGCAGUACUUUCCCCAGCCGCAAUGUCGACUACUUCCAGGACGUUUGGAAAACUAGUUACGGGCUUGCCGAUGGGCUUUACGAUAACAAGACCCUUUUUGUCCAGCACAAUGUUGCCAACUUUCGCCUUCAUAGGGCUCCUUCGCGCCGCCGCUCUGGCCACAGAGACAUGCAGCUAGUUGUUCAUGCUCCUGUUCGUGAACCUUUGGCUUCCCUGCCUUGCACUCCAGAUGGGAGCCAUUCAGAGACUGCAACAUCUGACGAGUACGACUUUAUCUCACUUUCCCCCGAGAGGAAGCCCGCAUGCUCUCGCAGCAAGACCGUCUAA